UCUCUCUCUCUCUCUCUCCUCAAUCAACCUCUCCCCCUCUCUUAUCAGUUUCGUCCUCGUUCCCAGAAGACACACACCAAACCGGUUCAGUGUCAGUGUGAGAAUCCUAACAUGGAUUCGGAUUCGGUAUAAAUCCGGUCUCCGGUUGUGCGGCUCCGCCCGGUGUGCGUUGCGGGACUGACUGCACAGAUCUGAAGAGUUUUAUUGGAUUGAUCGACAGCGGCGGGAGAAGAGGACUGGUGUUACCCCACGCACAGGACAAAGAGACCGGGAGGGGGGAAAAUUAAGGAAACAAGAUAAGAGUGGAAAAGGCUAGGAAUGAAAAUGGACAACUGUCUUCCAGCGCUCGUUUUUGGUCUUUUAAUGCUCGGUGGCUGCCUGGCCCGGGUGGUGACGGUGUCUCCUGGUCCAUUAAUUCGGGUGGAAGGGCAGCCGGUAUCCAUCAGAUGUGAUGUCAAUGAAUAUUCUGGACCACGGGAGCAGGAUUUCGAGUGGAUGAUGUCCAGGGAUGCCACCAGUCAGAGGAUUAAGAUAAUCUCCACCUUCGAUGCCAGCUACUCCCACCCGUCGCUCAGCAAGCGCGUCGCGUCCGGCGACAUCUCUGUGGUUCGGCUCCAGGACAACGAGGUGGAGCUUAAGAUAGCCGAGGCGAAGGAGACGGACGCCGGCUUCUACUGGUGUCAAACGCCGAGCACCGACUCCGUCAUCAGUGGCAACUACGAGGCUCAGGUCCAACUCACAGUCAUUGCCAACACCCUCAAGGUCUCCCCCCAGACUCCGCCCUCAGCCGUCCCAGAAGGAAAUGACAUCACGCUAUCCUGCAACGUCACCCGGGAACUCACCCUCCCCACCUACCUAUCCGUCACCUGGUCGGUGAAGAAAGGAGCAACGUCGGAGGACAUUUUAACGUUUGGCCCUCAGGGAGAUGUGACGGUGGCGCCGAAGUUCGAACGCCGCUAUACGGACGGAGGCAUCCGAUUGGUUCCCAGGAAAAACGGAUUGUUCGAAUUGGUGAUUUCCAGAAUGACGUCGUCUGACGAGGGGAUUUACGAAUGCAACGGAACGGAAUGGACGCAUGAAAACGGGAAAUGGAUAAAAAUCGUGGAGAGCACGAAAGAGAUGGGAACCGUCUCUGUUACGCCUACAGGUCAGUCCCUCAGCGUGAAGGCUACAUCCACCUCCUCACCCUCCUCUGCGACUCUUCUCCUCUCCCCUGGUAACACGCUUACCCUCCUGUGCUCCAUCUCCACCGACAACCUGGCCGCCCUCGCCCUGGAGGUGACCUGGCUGGCAGACGGCCGCGAUAUCAUCACCAUGGAGCGCAGCGGGGUGGUGAUCUCGAACACGUCCUCCACCGGAGUGCAGGGAAAGCGGGGGGAGGCGAGCCUGGAGCGUACGGGAGCUGGAGAAUACAAGCUGGGGGUGAGGGGGGUGAGCGUGGAGGACGGAGGGGCUUACACCUGUCGCAUCCGAGCCUUCAUCGAGAAAGGAGGGAAGAGCGCGGGGGGAGGAGGGAGGUGGCACAUGGCGGCUGAGAAAACAUCAAGCCCCGUGACGGUGAAGGUGUCGGAGAUCGAACCGAGCUUCACGCUGACCCUUGAAUCCGUCAUGAGCCCCCAGAUGACGGCUGAACCCACAGAGCUGGCAUGUCAUGUGACCAACAUUACCCAUUUACCCCUGGGAGGCAGACUAGGUGUCACCUGGGAGCACACCACACUCCCUGGUAUAGGGGAUGAUCCCCAGACCUCACAUUCCAUUGGCUCUCUGGACGGGCAUGGUAACCUGUUGCCAGGGCCGAUGUACUCUGAUAGGCUGAAGAGCGGCGCGUUGUCCCUGACCAGAGUCCAGCCCGACACAUUCAAACUGCGAUUCCUCCGCACACAGGAGGUCGACAUGGGACUGUAUGCUUGCACUGUGUCUGCUUGGAGUGUUAACAGCCAGGGUGACAUGUUGAAGAUGGCUGAGCACCAGAGCUCACCGCAGACCGUACGAUGGGUUACCAAACGUCCCUCUCUCAACGUCGUUGCCAAGCACAUCCGUGAAGCCUCAGUUGGCGGAGCUACCUUUGAGAUGAGCUGCACCGUGGACACUGAGAACCUCGGGGAGGUGGGCUACUCGGUGCUCAUCCAAUCACAGGACAGCCUGGAGGGCAACGUAAGAACCAUCAUGACUCUCAGCCCUGACAACGUCGUGCAGCACGGAGGAGUCACAGACCCCAACAGGAGAGACAGUCUGGUUCUGACAAAGUCCGGUCCGACAGAGUUUCGCUUUCGCCUAGCCGGCGUCCAGUUGUCCGACAGAGGUUACUACUGGUGUGACAUCACCGCGUGGACGAAACAACAGCCAGGACAAACUUGGACCAGAGUUACCAGCGCAGAGUCGAACAAAAUCAAGAUCGACUUUCAAGAGAACGGGCCUUCCUUCUCCAUCGCCAUCCAAUCGGACGUCAGCAGUGUUUAUCCGUGGGAAACAGCCAAGAUGGAGUGUUCGCUCAGCGUCUCUGGGUCCUCGCCGAAGACUGAUGACCUGGCAUACGAGGUGCGUUGGUUUUUCACCAGGCUGCGCGGCGGAGAGACAACUACCCAGGUGGCCAGCGUCGACCGCUUCGGCGUCGUCAGGAAAGAAGCCCGUAACUCGUCCAGCGACAUUUCGAUAGAGCGCAAAGACACGCACACUUACGUGCUGAACAUUCACGGCACUCAGGACAGUGACAGCGGUGAGUAUCACUGCAUUGCCACUCCCUGGUACCUGUCAGCCUCAACAGGAGCCUGGACUCAAGCCGGAGAGCUGACGUCAUCUCGAAUCUUCCUCACAGUUAGAUUUGCUGUGUGGGAGUCCUUAAAGUUACCUCUCUUAUAUGGCGUAUCAGCCUCGAUAGGUGUGGGCCUCUUCUCCCUGGUCCUGGGUCUGGUGUGCGCCCAGUGUUGUUGCCGCAACACCGCACACACUCCACGCUCACGCAAUAAACUGAUGGACUUGGAGAUGGACUGACAAACACUUUCCCCCGCACCCACACACUGCAGCGCUCACAGGAAACACCACACACACAACAGACACACGCCCAUAGAUGAUUACUGGGACACCCAGUUGUUUCCACGCGACGGACGUUGGGAGUAAAAUGGCGUAUCGCUUUGGAAACCGAAGCCGGACUGAUGAUUCGCAGUGCUUCGAGAGGUGCCCAGGAAUUUUACAGCUCUGCAGUGGUGGAGCAGGGGACUAAUGGGGAAAAUAGCCUUUGAGACAAUUUGAAUCUUUGGCGCUUCCAGUGAUUUUUUUUUUUUUUCACAAAUACAUUUGUUCCCUGUUAAGACUACAGCACAACAAGAAACUCUUUAGACUUUAAUUUCUGAGGAACUUCUGAGAUAUCACUGCCACUUGGGAAUAAAGGACCACUAAACAGAUCUGCUGCCUCUGUAACCACCAGGAAUAACAAAUAAAGUGCUCAGGCUGGACUACUUUUUUUUUUUUUUUUUUUCUUCUUCAGAUGCCAAGGCUCACCGCAACGUACGAACACUUCCGCUCAAAGUAGCAGCACACCAGCAAAACCCCUUGACUUCUCAAGGGAGAAAGAAAGGAAAACUGAAGGGGUGGUUGGGGGUUGGAGAGACAGAAGUUCAUCUUCUGUUCAUUGUAUCUGCACUUUGACAUAUCCCUGUUAAGUCACGUGGCUGAAGUUAGUGUGUUAUUGUGUGAGACUGGUGGUUUAGGCAGCCUGAGCCUUAUUUCUGUCAAGUUCAUACAGGCAGCAGAAGUCCUAGGAAGUGAACAUGCUCUGCGUGCUUUCCACAUGAAAGGUAUUGCACUAGAACUACCACUCCAGAGUAUUCCUACCUUAACAAAAGGACGAUAUUUACCUUUAUUCUCUAGUUUUAUGAAAAUUGAGAGAUUUUAAAAAUGAGAGACAUUUUUAAGCUUUACAAGGAGAUAUGCAGUUAGUGUGUUUGUGUGUGAGAUAUACCGUACGUGGUGCCAAUAUCUUGAACUAACAGAGGUGUGCUGGGUUCAUUUUGUCAGAUCAACACUUGAACAGCCACUGAAAGUGGCCACAGCAAGCACUCUUCUUUUAUAAAUAUUCAUAAAUGUAUCCAGCUGGGUUUUUUUUUUUUUGUUUUGCCCGAGUCUCGUGUGCGUUACUGUGCGAGUGCUGUGCUACAGUAUGUGAGAGUUGCAUGUACUUUUUUUUUAUAAUGACAGACUGAUGUCACUCAUGAGCCUUUUCCAGGGUUAACUUUUGAUGACAUCGAAGUACAUCCAGAUUUUUUUAACCUAGACGUCUUUCCACUAAUGUCAACUUCGAUGUGCGCACAGUGUGAGCAACGUGACUCUCUUAUAACGAGUCUUUUAUAACUAUAUAAAAGAGUGUGGGUGGUGCAAGAAACAGGAAAAAGCAUGCCAGCUUUUUAAAGGAAUAGUUCAAUGGGAAAUAAACGCUUUUCGCUGUCUUUCCGAAAUAGAAAUUUGGUACAAAGCGAGAGUCAGGAUGUGGUUAGCUAGUUAGUUCGGCUCUGUCCAGAGGGAAUAAAGACACCUCUAAAGCUCAAUAAUGAACACACUUUAGAUCGUGUAUUCUUAAUGAACUGAAAGAGGACAUUUUUGCUUGAGGAGAAGGUGUGUGCUUUGACUAUCUCUUGGCUGGUAAAAACAGAUCAAGUGUUGUAGUAAUGUAAUUUUUACUGUUUGAGUUCAGAUUGAACAAAGAGAAAGUGUUAUUAGCAAACAUUAAUUACAAUCAUUAUGGUCUUCUUGCUAAGCUGACAAUGUUCUGAGUCCAGUUUUGUUCCAACAUGCAGUCAUGACAAUACCAAUCAUCUCAUCUAACUCUCAAAAAGAAAGCAAAUAAUCUUAUUUCCCCGAGUAUUCAACUAUUCCUUUAAACAUCACAUGACUUAAGUCAUUUUUGGGAAUCCUUUUGUUUGCUGUCUUACCAGAUUCAGAGGAGGAAAUUGAUAGAUCCAUCUGUGUGUGAGAUUUCAGAUGUGGUUAGCCUAGCCUAGCCUAGCCUAGCUUAGCUUAGUGUGAAGACUUCUCACAAAUGAUUAUCCUUCAGGAACUCAUUUACCCAUUUCUAAUAAAGCCAUAUAAAGCCUUGCAUUCUCACCUUCACCAUUUUACAUGAUAUAAACGAGACCUGCAAAUAGCUAGAAGACACGUUCUCUCACUUUGUGUUUAGCUAAGCAAACUGUAUUUCUCAAAAUGUCAAACUAUUCCUUAAAUGUUGCUGACUAGCUAGCAAAGUAGUCAGAAAACUUUCAGUAAAUUGGUUUCAAUUCUCAAAUACAACACUUUUCCCAAUGCAUUUGAGAUUUUUCUGUCUCAGAAUAAAAGCUAUAGAAAACUGGUAAGUUUAGCCAAAACAGAAAAUCAGAUGUGCAGAACAUAGAACAGAGAGAAAUUUCCACCUCUGUUCAGCUUCUAUCAGCUGACAUCUAUUGAGUGUCUGUGGUGUUUUACUAGCAACUGAAUGAAUUGCGACUGCAGUAUUAUGUAGACAGUUAUGUGAACACACACUCACAGUUCCACCAACAACACACACAAAGUGUGGAGGUUUGCGUCCAAAACCCAGCAGGAUCCAAGCAGACCUGUUAGGUUUGCAGCAAAAUGUGCCAGGCUGUGUUUCCUCCUUAACUGACUGGACUUGGAUUAAUUAAAAAAGAUACUUUAAGCAACUAUCAGAACAUUAUGAGCAAUAUCAAGAUGUAGUGGGGUCACAGCUUGUGUGAACGCCCCGAGGACAUUUGUUUGCUGAUCGGAUGUCGGAUUUUUCCAACAGUGCGCUUCCGAAUUGUAGGGUUGGUUUGAGAGUCGCAGUAUUCCAAAUCUGGAGUUAUAUUCAUAUAACAGAGAGAUCCUAGAACAUUGAUACUGUUCUGUUUUCUUCUGCACACUGAGGGGUACAGCUGAAAACUCACUUUGAGAAGUAUUUAUACUAUAUGUGUGUGUUUUGGCUUGAUUGAAGGUGACAUUUACUUCAGAAAGUCCCAAUAAGUUUCCAAAAACCCUCUCCCAGAGUAUGUGUGUGUUCUCUCUGUGACAGUGCUUUCGCAGUAUUCCAAAUAAGUUUUACCACUAUCACUAAUACACACACACACACACAUAUAUUCACAGUACUUGAGCAGUGAAAGACAGGGCUCUGUGCUAAAUGUUUUUAACAGUAACACACAUAAGUAGCAUUGAUACACAUCACUGAAUAUAUCACUGCAAGACUUCCCCAGUGUCCUUUUAGUUUGUCAUUUUAUUGCAAUGAUUAUGAUGAAUCAUGAUGGGGUUUUUUUUUUCUAAAUAAAUUGAUUUGUAAGAUGUAUUCAUUUUGUAAAUGAAUUUAUAUGUUCUUAUUUUAUUGUGUUUUGUUUUUUUGUUGGUUUUUUUUUUGGCAGUGAUGAUGAGGUACUGUUUUUGAUAUUAUAGCAACAAGUGAAAUCAACUGCAGUGAUCUCAUUGUGUGCUGCUUAAUGCUGAAAAUGCUUGUCAAAGUGGCUGUCGAAAAACAGCCCAGGUGCUUUCAUCAUACUUUAUUUAACAAAGAAGUUAUCAGACAAAAAAAAAUGUAGACAAAAAGUUUUAACUCCCCUGAAAAUAAUAACUUGAACUUUUUUUUUUUCUGACUGUGGAUUCUAAAAUAGGAGAAAUCUAAUUUGUUAAUUAAUUAGCUUUUCCUGUCAGAGACAAUUCAAAUAGGGCAGUUCCUGGAAUGUUAAACUGCUCAAAAAGGUGAGGUUUUUUUCUGUUUAUGUCCCCUAAAAUGUCUGACCUGGAAUAUAUUGAUUUGUUGUCCAAAGUGUGUCACAAGAGAAGUGUCUUCACAUUCCUUUGCUGAAGACGGAGAUACCUCACAAAUUCCAAAGCCAGUCACCAUCUAAUUUACAAAUACCACUACUCCCAUUUGGCCAGUUCUUGGUUCGCUAACAGGAUGUGAACUCACGGAAACAUCAUAGCAGAUAUUGUAUUUUUCACAACCUCUACUGUGGCAGCCAUUGCCAGUUACAAUCUAACAAACAUUAACAAAAGAUGCUAACUACUCUUGCCGUUCUGGUAUGUCUGACCCCUCAUCUGAGCCUGGCUCAGACUGAGUCUCACACAUGUAAAAGUUAUGGCUGAAUCUCUCUGAUGUUUCCUCUGAUGGUGUGUUCAGACAAAAAGAGAAUAGAGUUUUUCAUACGUCUAGAUGGCAUAUGAAGAUAAGAUAAAAAAUCUGCACACUUUACAGAAUGUUGAUUGUUGAAGAUCGGAUGCUGCUCAGCUGCUGAGGGCCUGAAAGCUCUGGAGGAGAGCUGCAGAAUGUAGGAAAACCAAGUCAAAUUUUACUAUCUAAAAUAUAAUGAUGCAGCAGCUAUUAUGCACUUCCUUUUCACAAAUUAUUUAGAUACAAAGGAGCCUCCGAGUAGGUGUUUUCCAACUGUAUAUGCUAACUAACAUUUUAGAAAUGAUGUUGGUUGUGUGCUGUCAAAUUCUGUCAUGCACUACUGAGUGGACUAUUGUAUCACAGCCCUGCAGAGUAUGAAAGUUGAUAUAAGACAUUAUUUUAGCACUAGCUAUCAACUGUUGACAAUUUAACCAGUUUGACCUUUUUUACAUUUAACAUUUGGGAGAAGCCAUCUUGCUGUUAAAUUACAUUACACUUGCCACUUGAGAAUUUCCCCACUGCAGGACUUUUAAAGGCCUAUCUUAUCUUAAUGUUUGCACAGAUUCACAUUGGAUGGUAUUUUGUUGUAUCAGCUCCUGCUGCUCCUACAAACUCAUUCCUGUGUUCACCUGGUAUUUUAUCCUGUGUUAGCUAUUAGCUUCAUGGGUCAUACUAUUGUUUUAAGUACCCACACAGAUACUAUAGAAAUCAAAUCUAAGUACAGAUAUCGUCACUUGGAACAAAACACACUAAUUAGAGUUUUCAACAAAUGUUCGCAUUUUGUCAUCACUUAAAGAUAUCAUUGCGCACAAAAUGUUAAUACCCACAGUGCAAUAAAAGGAGCUCUGACUGACUUGAAUGUGGGGUCAACUGGCCAAUCAGAGGACCCCCUCCGCCGCUCUGUAAGUUAUCAGUUCAUCAGAGAUUUAAAUCAACGAAAUUAAAUAGUAUUAUUAAUGUUA